UUCCUCUUCCCCCUUCUCCUUUUUCUUGCUUUCCGAGCGCCGAGCCCGCCAGUCCACUCCCAAGCCCUAGAUCUCCAUCUUCUCCCUCGUGGUCUCUACUGAGACCAAAGGCAAGCCGCCUGUCGAGCUCUUCCGGCACGGCAUCCAAAGUUUAGGUCAUCCACGAGGCUCGAAUCGAGCCCUUAUCGGCAAGGUAAGGGAAGAUGGAGAUGGAGAUCCUGGGGUUGAAUCUGACUUGCGUGAUGGGAUCGCUCACCGCCGGCCAGUUCCCGGAAAAGCAGUGUUUGCUGCCUCUCAUCUCCAAGAUCCUUGGCUACUGCAUCGUCGCUGCCUCCACCACUGUUAAGCUCCCCCAGAUACUUAAAAUUCUGAAGCACAGCAGCAUCAGGGGUCUUAGCCUUAUGGCAUUUGAGCUUGAAGUUGUUGGUUAUACGAUUGCUUUGUCUUAUUGCCUGCAUAAAGGUCUCCCAUUUUCUGCUUAUGGGGAACUUGCUUUUCUUCUAAUCCAAGCUAUAAUUCUUGUUGCCAUUAUGUAUUAUUAUUCUCAGCCAAUUGGGAUCACAAUAUGGAUCCGGGCCUUACUAUAUUGUGCUGUAGCACCUACAAUUUUAGCUGGUCAAAUAGACCCCAUUCUUUUUGAAGCACUUUAUGCAUCUCAACAUGCAAUAUUUUUCUUUGCAAGGGUUCCCCAAAUAUGGGAAAACUACAAAAACAAAAGCACAGGAGAGCUUAGCUUCUUGACAUGCUUGAUGAACUUUGCUGGUUCAAUGGUGAGAGUAUUUACUAGCAUCCAAGAACAGGCUCCCUUGAGUGUGACUUUGGGUUCUGUACUUGGCGUCCUGACGAAUGGAACGAUCGUGAGUCAGAUACUACUGUACCAAAAGCCGGCAGUGAAGAAAGAAAAGAAAGUUAAGUAAAUUAGGCAAUCAACUCAUUAAUUGUCUUUGGGAAAGCUUCACCAUGCACAGGUCAGUACUUCUGUUAAAGUCCAUCUCUUGUUAUCCAAAUAGAUCGCCUGAUAAAAAAUACUCCAUCGCAAUGGCCACUCCAUGAUAAUAUUGUGCUUUUUACUCUUUGAUUUUAUUAUUGAAAGUUGAAUUGUAACAAUCUCAUUUUCAUUAACUUGAUAGUGGUUACAUUCAGUGGAAAUUAUGUCAUGGUAGUAUUUGAUUUGCGAUGUUAUUGACAUGUUUUAGUGUGUUAUUCAGGAGACAGUUUACCAACAAAUAUUUGUCCUAUGUUUUCA